AUGUGGUGUGCAGCUAUUGAUUUGGAAUCUUUUGGCAUUUGCGAUAAAGAUAAUUCAACUGAUGUUUGUGGAGAAGGCAGUGGUGGUGUUUGUGAUGAAGGUAAUCCCACUGAUGUUGGUGUAGAAUGCAGUGGUGAUGGUUGCGAUGAAGGUAAUGCGACUGAUGUUGGUGUAGGAGGCAGUGGUGUGGGUUGUGAUGAAGAUUAUUUGACCGAUGUGGGUGUACAAGGAAGCUCAUGUGUGGAUUUUAAGAAUUUCAAGCGUGACCUGAUGGCGUACAUUCUAAAUGGUGAUGCUCAAUUAUUCAUAGAUACGCUUUUCAAGAGACGUGAAUUGUGUGAGGCUUUUGAUUUAGAAUAUGAUGUUGACGAAAUUGAUCAGCUUUCAAGGGUUUUUUGGGCGGAUGCAGUAUCUAGGAAGAAUUUUGCUUUUUUUUUUGGUGAUGUUGUUUCAUUCGAUGCUACAUACCGUACUAACAGGUAUAAGUUGGUUUUUGUUCCGUUUACUGGAAUUGAUAACCAUAAGAGAGCCAUCACCUUUGGUGCUGAUCCAGCUCUCAAGGUUGUUGUUGCUCGUGUGUUUGGUACAUCAAAACAUAGAUUUUUCAUAUGGCAUAUAAUGUGCAUGGUUGGUGAGAUGGUUGGACCGGUUUUGUCUAAAGAUGAAGUGUUUAGGAGGAAGUUGAAUGGCAUCGUUUGGAACAAAUCUCUGGACUCCAAGUCUUUUGAGGAUGCAUGGAGAUUGGUUAGGACAACGUCUCGAUCAGAGUCUCAAAAUAGAUUUUUUGGUACGUUCUCUAAUGGUCAUUCUAGUUUGGUUGAGUUCUUGACACCAUUGGCUUUGGAGAAGCAUGCAAUGGAUGUUUACACCAUUUCUGUAUUUUAUGAUGUUCAAGUAGAGAUUUGUGCAGCUUGUUAUUCGUGUCAAGUGGCAUCUUUGUGCGAUUGUGAUGGUCAUGUGUCCUAUGGGAUAAAAGAUGGUGCCCAACGGGCAUGGUAUGUGGAGCUAGUCUUGUCUGAUUACACUGCUACUUGUUAUUGCAAGAUGUUUGAGCGGAUGGGGUUGUUGUUGGAGAACGUUAGGAUUUUUACUAAUCUAUUGUGGUCUGACAUAUAUGCUUGUGUGGGCUUGGCUGAUGGUAAUAUAGAACGUUUGGCACAGCUACGAUGUGUUAUUUGUGAGAAAAGACAAUUAUUUCUCCAAGAUGGGAGUGAGAAUGGCAGUGGGGUGGUGGCUAGUGGCAGCAAACAAAGUGUGACCAACUCAUUUUGUGGAUCUGUGUCUCAGGGGUCAACAGUGGAGGUGCGUGAUCCUAUUCAAGCUAAUAACAAGGGUAGGGGUAAGCGGUUGAAGAGUACAAGGGAGAAAGCUGCUAGUAAGUGUGUAAAGCAAUCAAGGAAAUGCCAUACUUGUGAUGAAUAUGGUCAUAAUAGUAGGACAUGCCCUUUAAAUGGUUAG